AUGGUGAAUGUUAAGUGGGCAAUGAGGGUUUUACUUGAAGACAUCAGGGCAAACAAUGAUGUUCCGGCCAAGGCUCUGAAUCAAUUGUUAUGGAAAAGAUAUGGAGUUACCAAGGCACAAACCACCUUGUAUAGGGUAAGGACAAAGACUUUAGUGGAAAUUCAUGGAGGCCAUGAUGUUUCCUACAAGGAAUUGCCUAGAUACUAUGAUGUUAUCAAGGAGCUAAACCCUAACUCAUUAGCUUUCUGUGCAUGGAACAAUGUUGGUCCCAACAGACCUAUGAUGUUCAGAUCCAUCUUCACUGCAUUUAAAGAUGUGCUUGAUGAGUUGAGUGCUGAGUGCAGAAGUCUGAUUGGUGUAGAUGGAUCUGAUCUAAAGGGAAACUAUGGUGGGGGUAUUGAUCUUGCAAUUUCUGAAAUUUGGCUUAAAGUGGGCAGAAGGUUCUGUUGCAAGCACUUGGUUAAGAAUUUUAAGAAGGAAUUUCCUGGUUUAUUGAUGUUUCAACUAUUCUGGAAGGCUGCUGGAGCAUACAAUCCAUUCACAUUCAAAAAGGCAAUGAAGGCAUUGCAAAAGGCCAAUCCCCUAGCUCUAGUUUGGCUCUCAAAGUUUGGACCACAAUCAAGAUGGUCAAAGCAUGCCUUUAAUCCAAUUGUGAAGUGUGAUAGCAAAUUCAGACCAGUACUAACUUUUCUUGAAGGUAUUAGAAGACUAACUAUGGUUAGAAUGGCAACCAGAAGGGAAGCAUGUGAGAGCCGGAGAGAUGAUGUUUGCCCUAACAUCAUGAAAAGGCUGCAAGUGAUUAGCCAUGAAUCAAGGACAUGCAAGUGUUUGAAAUCUGGAGAUGGAGAAUUUGAAGUGCUUGAUGGAAAGUCUGUGCUUCCUGUCAACCUAAGGGGAAGUGUGUGUAAUGCUUGGCAACUGUCUGGAUUGCCAUGCAAACAUGCUAUGAGGGCAAUAUUGUAUGACAAUCAAGACCCUAGGGCCUACAUUAGUGAGUGGUACUCUGCCAGCAGGUACAAACUGGCUUAUGCCAACUCUAUCAAGGCCAUACCGGAUGUGGAGCAAUGGCCUGAAAGCAAUUAUCUAGAUAUUGCCCACCAGCAAUGA